AUGUAUCAACCUCCCAUUCCUUACCCUCAACGAUUUCAGAAGAAGAAAUUAGAUGAACAGUUUGCAAAGUUUCUAGAAAUCUUCAAAAGAAUUCACAUAAACAUUCCAUUUGUAGAUGCUCUUGAGAAAAUGUCAAAUUAUGUGAAAUUCAUGAAAGAAGUCAUUUCAAAUAAAAGAAGAUUAGAAGACUUUGAAACUGUGAAGCUAACAGAAGAAUGCAAUGCCAUCUUACAGAAAAAGUUGCCUCAAAAGGUGAAAGACCCUGGCAGCUUUACUAUACCAUGCACUAUUGGAGGGUCAUCAUUUGACAAGGCAUUAUGUGAUCUUGGAGGGAGUAUUAAUUUGAUGCCACUUUCAGUUUUUAAGAAGUUGGGGGUAGGUGAGGUGAAGCCCACUACCAUUACUCUUCAAUUAGCAAAUCGAUCACUUACUUAUCCUAGGGGAGUGAUUGAAGACCUAUUGGUUAAGGUGGACAAAUUUAUUUUUCCUGCUGAUUUCGUGGUAUUGGAUAUGGAGGAAGACCAUGAAAUCCCCAUUAUUCUUGGUCGUCUGUUCUUGGCUACUGGAAGAGCUCUUAUUGAUGUACAGGGUGAUCAUCUGACAUUGAGGGUUAAUAAUGAAGAGGUUAAACUCAACAUAUAUCAAGCACUAAAGUAG